AUGCCGGAAAACUACGGUGACUACCAGACCGAGAUCUAUGGCCAAGGCGCCUUGCUGGGUCUGAAGCCGAAUGUCACCACCGACCCUCGCUUACUCGAGGAGCAGGCGCGAAAGGUACUGAGCGAGCGCUCUUAUAAUUAUGUUGCAGGUGGUGCUGGUGAGAAGGCCACUAUGGACAGUAAUCGUCUGGCGUUACGCCAGUGGAAGCUAGUACCCAAGAUGCUGAGGAAGAUGGAUAAGCAAGAUCUUGCAGUGAACAUCUUUGGGCAAAAUUACCCGACCCCUCUUAUCAUGGCACCGAUAGGUGUCCAAGGCCUAUUCCAUUCAGACAGGGAGACAGGCCUAGCCGAAGCAUGUGCAGAGGUAGGAGUACCUUAUACUCUCAGUACUGCAAGUACCAGCUCCAUUGAAGAAGUCGCGACGGCGAAUGGGGACGGUAAAAGGUGGUUUCAAUUGUACUGGCCUAAUGAUGAUGAAAUCACUCUUUCUUUGCUGAAGCGUGCAAAAGAAAAUGGAUUCUCCGUCCUCGUUGUUACGUUAGAUACUUGGUCUCUGGCUUGGAGACCGGCAGACUUGGAUAACGCCUACAUCCCUUUCAUCCGUGGCGUUGGAAACCAAGUCGGCUUCUCAGACCCAGUAUUCCGGGCUAAAUUUGAGAAAGAGACUGGGUCAAAAGUUGAGGAUGAUAUCGUCGGAGCAUCCAGAGCGUGGAUCGGUAAUGUUCUGUCCAGUGGGCCUCACACCUGGGACCAGAUCUCCUUUUUGCGCAAAAACUGGGAUGGACCUAUUGUCCUCAAGGGCAUCCAGCAUGUGGAUGACGCGAAACUUGCGCUCGACGCUGGCUGCGACGGAAUCGUCGUUUCCAACCAUGGAGGCCGACAAGUCGAUGGGGCUAUUGGCUCCUUGGAGGUCCUUCCGGAAAUCGUCGAUGCGGUUGGCGAUAAAUUGACUGUGCUGUUUGAUUCUGGAAUCCGAACAGGUGCCGAUAUCAUCAAAGCUCUGUCUCUAGGGGCGAGGGGCGUUCUAGUUGGUAGACCGGCGAUUUACGGCUUGUCUAUUGAUGGGAAGGGUGGCGCCAAAGCCGUACUCAAGAGCCUUCAAGCCGAUCUGUGGCAGAGUAUGUCAUUAGCAGGGAUCUGUACUGUGGCGGAAUGCACCCGGGAUAAAAUCAGGAAGGUUCAGUAUCCUGGUGACGGCAAAGCCAUGUUGUGA